GAAUCAAUCACAUGACCAUUUAUUGGUGUGUGAAAUAAUUUCUUAGGUGAAGCAUCAUGGGGGUUUAUCUUAACUUUCAGCAACUUCCCCGGCACUUAAAUUUUAGUCAACAUAACUGCGGUGGCGGUGGACAGGAUUGCAGAGUAGAAAUAAAUAGAACUUGGUACACUGUGCCUCGCUUUCGACGCAGGGGAGGGGAUAAAGAUGCUCUGCUAACAGCAGCAGAACACAAUGAUACAGCAGAAGCUACUCGCUUGCUUGCUAGGGACCAGAUCCACACCGGACAAGAUACAAAAACCGAUACAAAUGUGAGGGUAUCACAAAUGCACCCGGUAAGGCGCGAACCAAGUGUUGGUGAUUGGCUUGAAUUUCAAGGUCAUAGAUUUAUGCAGCAGGAUUUGCCAACUCAAGUUAUCAUCGUAUUAUUUGUUUUUGUUCUGUUGAAGAUUGUAUUUACCAUAUAGAACCAAACUGUGCAUCAGUGCAUGUAUUAAGAUUAUUAUUUAGUCUCUCUUUUCAUCUCUUGCUAAAUGCAGUUUCAUGAAGAUUCCAAAACCAUUUGUUUUUGUAAAGAGACGAAGUAUAAUUGAUGGCAUCAAUAAAAUUAAAUAAAAGAUCAGUCAAUAGUAUUUCUUUC